CGUGCGCCAUGCUCUGAAAAUGUUGAUAUUAUUGUGUUCCCGUCAUAAAAAUUAAAAGACGGUGACAGUUACGGGGGUGGUCAUUGAGAAUAUGAAAUGAAUGGUUUGACGCAUGCGCUUUGCGCCGGUUUUCAGCGAGAUAUAAGCAAGCGAAAUCAUCCUCGCACCGCACAACUUUCGCAAACGAUCUCGCAGAGAACAGCGAAGCCCGCAUCCCAUUAAUCAUCACUACACUACACCACUUCCGAUGUUUUAACACUCGUAUUAUAAAAUAUUUACCUACGCAGUGAGUUGUGACUAGGUUUUCCGCAGUGCAUAUUUUAAUUAUUACUAUUUCCAAAAACUUUUGUUAGUUCUCUCUAAGUUUUUGCGGCGCGCAACAUUAAACAGUUGACUGGAAAGGAUUAUUUUGGAUUCGUUAAGCAUCCCCCGACACUCUACCUACAAAAUGAUGUGGUGGGCAAUAUGGUGCGCUGCAGUGGUGGCCGGAACCGCAGCCGCGCCAGCCGCCGACGCGCUUGGGCCCCUCGCGCUCGACCUGCCACAGAUCGAUUCUCUCACACCUGACGACGAGAGCAUGAGCUACGCGGGGCCGGCAGGUCGCUACGCUGCGUCCGCUCCGCUGGUCUACCUACUGCCCGACAUGCCCCGCGACGCGCAGAGGGCGAUUGGCAGUGGUGAGCGGCGCUCGCGACCAAAGCGCAAGAUGCCGUCACUGUCCAUCAACAACCCGAUGGAAGUGUUGCGGCAGCGGCUCAUGCUGGAGGUGGCCCGCAAGCAGAUGCGCGAAGCCAGCCAGCGGCAGGCCGUGGCCAACCGACUCUUCCUGCAGAAUGUCGGCAAACGCGGAUUUUGGGCGAACUCCGGUCCGGCUACCUACGACAACUAGAGCAUCCGGCGCCCGCGCUCCAUCCACCCCCCCACCCCUCCGCCGCCGCCGGGAGCCCUCCGUCUACGAUACAAGCUCUAUGAUAAGUACCCACGUUACCUACUCUUCGCCGGCAGAUGGAUUUCAUUUAUCGAUUUAUUUUAUUAAAGUACUAUAUACCGAGAAGUGGCUGUUGCAGCUACCGAUGGGUAAUAAGUAGUAGAUUAAAUUAACAAGCAUAAUAUAUUUAGCCGAGAUGCUAUUUUAUUUAGCUUUCGGUUCAGCUUGGGUUCGUUUGUCAAGGUGCGACCACCCAGGCCCGUGCCAUCCAGCUCGGCACGCGCGCCUGUGGUCGCUCCUCACUCACUCAUGCGGAUAAACACAAUACCUACCUGAAACCAUACUCAUUUUAUUUUACAUUAAUUUUGCUUUAAUUGAUGCGUUUCAUAGUUGAUUCCUAUGAAUUAAAUAUACUUAUGUCCAUACUUAUUAGAGGAAAUACAUAUGUAGGUAUAUUAGAUACGAGACCUGUUAGUUUAGUUCCAUUUGUUAUGAUUAUAAUAUUAUAAAUAUACUGUACAGUCCAGCUGCUAUUUUGUGAAUGUAAUUUAUUUACAUUAAUAUUAAGUUCCUAAAAAUAUAUUAUAUAUUGUUAGCUAAUUAAAAGUAGUAAAUUGUAACACUUCUUACAGUGUCUAAUAUUACGUUCAGUAAAACUUAAAAUUAUUGGUUUGUGUCUUACUUCUUCUUUUGCGAUAGUUCAUCCGCGGCACUGAACGCUUAGCGCCUAUUGAUUCGCCAAAUGUACAAGGCUCUACACGCCUUAUAUGAAACCUUUUGUGAAUGAUGUAUUUAUGUAGUAGACGCCUUUGAGGUCGUGUCGGCAGGUGAUCGAUAUUGCGGCACUGGAGGCGACCAUAAUUAUUAAUUAAAUCCACGCUCGACGUAGAGCGCAGCAGCACUAGCAGCAGCGAGCCGAACGGCCGCGCCGCCGCGGUGCCCGGUUCUCCGCGCCGCGCGGGUCUGUCCGAUUUCUCGUUAAAUUGAAAUGCUAUAAAUAAAGAACCCAAUCAACUUUCCUACUGCCGCGACCUCCCUUUGAUGACAUUAAUUAGACUUUUUUUGCGAAAUCAAGAGUUUCUUACACUGCGGACUUUCGGUACAAAGAUGCCUGAUAACUGGAUGCUGGAGUAAUUUGGUAGAAAGUUGUAUGUUAAUUUUUAGCUGUUGAAAAGACUUAAGAUCUCAAGUGCCGCAAUAAUGUGACCUUUAGUAACAUAUUGUUAUAAAUAUUCAAGGCAUGUAGAAUAGACAGCACGGUUGAAUUCAAGCUUAUUUAGCAUAGGUAGGACUAUAUUAAGUAGCUGAUGGCCCUGUGACUAAGCCCAUCAUUAUUAGGUUCUCUCUUCUACAUAUUUAAAGUUGUAAUGUAACCGUAGCCCAAAUAAUAAAGCAUAAAUGUGUCCAUAGAGCAAGGAAUAAUUUAUUUAUUUAUUAUUGAUAUUACACUGUUUCUUUA